GUGAGAACAAAAUGCCUCUUGAGAUACCUUUCGAUCUAGAACACGUUGCGACCGUUGUCGUUGGUGUUCUCAUCAUUAUUGCCGUAUUCUGGAACUGCUUCAACGAAAGCAAUACUAUAAAAAAAGAAAAUGAAGAGUUACAGUCUCAACUCUUCAAAUCUGAAACAGAAAAUGAAGAUGUAAAGUUUCAACUUGGCAAUGCUGAGACAGAAAAUGAAAACUUACAGUUUCAACUUGACAAUGCCGAGAGAGUAAACAAAAAAUUACAAUCUCGACUCAAAAGAGAAAAAGAAGAGUUACAGUCUCAAAUCUGCAAAUCUAAAAGAGAAAAAGAAGAGUUGCAGUUUCAACUUGACAAUGCCCAACGAAAAGAGCAAAAGUUGGAGUCUAAACUUAGUGAUGCCAAGCAAGAAGAAACGCAACUUCGUUUUUGUUUGCAAAAGUUAAAAGAAGACUAUAAGAACGAGGUGACAAGAAACAAAAAUUCAAAUACUCAGUAUGUAUGUAAGAUAAAUUGUCUCGAAAUUCAUCUUCAAAAGUUGGCAGCUGAAAAGGCUACACUAAACAGCCACCUGGAAAAGAAACACUUGAGUCAUUGGCUGUGGGAAGACGGGCUUCAUUGUUGGAAGAGUUUUGACUAUUCUACGGCGUUUCAGCUAGAAAGAGCUUAUGUCGAACAAACUGCAACAAUCAAACGACUGUUUGACGGCAAACAAUGGUACAAAUUUGAUCUGAACAAAAUGCAACAAAAGAAUGUAAUAACAGGAAAAUUGCGAAAAAUAAAGAGAGUGAAAAUGUCCGUUUCGGGUAAGACAAGUCAAAUGUAAGUUACUAAUACACUAAGUCUUAUUUAGCAGUAAUUUACGCAUGCUAAUCGAUGUCAACAAUUACAGAAAUUAUUAUGUUUAGAAGUAGUAUAUCUGGGAUUAAAAUAAUACCACUUGUCCUUCCCCCACAUUAGCGCAUCCUCGAGAGUCUUUGCACCCCCUUAGAGGCUGUUCAGCCUUAUAGUUUGCGAAAAUGUAGGGAU